AUGCUCUUCCCGCGGCUGGAGUCGAUCUGUUCGCUGCUGCGCACCGUGCAGGUCGCCUUCGCGGUGGUCCGCCUGGCCGAGCUGAUGUACCUGCUGGCUGGCGGGUGGGUGAGGGUGCAGGAGCACCUUCCCAGGGAGCCCUUCCCGGUGUUCGGGCAACCGCCGUUGUGUCUGUUCUUCGGGUGGCGGUGCUGCGCCCGCAGGAUAACCGACAGGGACAUCUACUUCAUGGCGCUGGGGAUGCGGCAGUUCGCCGUCGUGGCCCCCGUUGCCGGCACCGUCGACACGUGCGCCCACAUCGCACGCCUGUAUUCUGCGCGUGCUCCUGCCUCGGAGUGGUCUGUGGCAUUCGUGUUUUUGCAGGUGUUGACGGCAUUGUACUCCGCCACGACCUUGAUCGGCAUGUGGUCGUUCAACAACCUUUACUCGAGAGCCGAGCAGUGCCCGAGACGACCAAGCGCUUGA